AUGGCAGGAAGACAAACAGGAGAGAAUCCAAGACCUGGGAUGAAACAAAUUGAAAAUGAGAGUAGCAGGCUUAUUACAUUUUCAAAACGUAAAUCCAGCAUCAACAAAAAGGCAAAGGAGCUCGUGACCCUUUGCGGGGCGGAGGUGGGUUUUGUAGCAUUCUCUCCUUCUGGAAAUCCCUUUUCUUUUGCCCAUCCAUCCAUUGAUGCAGUCGCCAAUCGGUUCCUCAACCGAAACCCUUCGCCCAACAAUAGUUCUCAAGCUUUGGUCGAGUCCUAUCGGCAGGCCAAAUGUAAGGAGCUCAACCAACAGCAUGAUGAGCUCUACAAUCAAAUCAAAGCUGAGAAGGCACAAGGCAAAGCGUUGAAGCAACUGACCAAAGGAAAAAGCGAUGCGGCAUGGUGGGAAGCUCCCAUCGAAGAGCUCAAUCGGGAAGAACUCUACCAAAUGAAGGGGCGAAUGGAGGAGCUUAAGCGGAGCUUGAGGAGGUCGAUCAAUCAAAAGACUCAAGGAGAGGCAUCCGGAUCCUCUCAAGGGCAGGAGUUGGAGAAAUAA